GCGGAACAAUAAUCUCUCUGGGAGUAUCCCAAAGUUUGUUGAUACCCACCCCAUAAGAAUUCUUUUGUUGAGUGGGAACAAUUUAACAGGAUCUAUUCCAAUACAUCUCUGUGAUUUAAGCAAGAUCAGACUCUUAGAUCUCUCAGAUAACAAGCUCAACGGCUUCAUACCUUCAUGCCUCAAUAAUUUAUCAUUUGGACGAGGAGAGGAAUCUGCGUACAAUAGGUUAUCUAUCACCACAGAGACCCUUGACCUGGCAUUUUACAAAUACACAUUCAUGGUAGAGGAGCUCGAGGUAGACUACUUUACUUUUCAAAAAAUUGAAAUCAAAUUUGCAACGAAGCAAAGGUAUGAUUCUUACUUUGGUGGCUCUGGGUUCAACAAAGGAAUACUUGACUAUAUGUAUGGGUUGGAUCUGUCAAGCAAUGAAUUAAGCAGUGUUAUCCCAGAAGAGCUUGGAGAUCUCUCAAACCUACGAGCGUUGAAUCUAUCUCACAAUUUCUUGUCGAGUUCUAUACCACCCAACUUCUCCAAUCUGAAGGAUAUUGAGAGCCUUAAUCUUUCUCAUAACAUGUUGCAAGGAAGCAUUCCUCAACAACUUACCAGCCUUGAUUUUCUUGCUUUAUUGGAUGUGUCUUACAACAAUUUAUCAGGAAUCAUUCCCCAAGGAAGGCAUUUUGACACCUUCGACGAGAACAGCUACCUGGGUAAUCCUCUUCUUUGUGGACCACCGACCGAUAGAAGUUGUGAGGCUAAUAAAAGCUCAGAUGAAGCGGUUAAUGGAGGAGAAGAAGGAAGCGAUGAAGCUGCUAUUGACAUGGUGGUAUUCUAUUUUAGUACUGCUGCAACUUAUGUGACCGCGUUGAUAGGUAUUCUUGUACUUAUGUGCUUUGAUUGUCCUUGGCGUCGAGCAUGGCUCCGCAUUGUUGAGGCUUCCAUCGCCUCAGCAAAACGUAUGUUGCCUUAAAGCAUUUCAGCUCAGUUGUUAUCAUUGUGUUUCUGUAACUAUAUGUACUUUGGAUUUUACCUUGCAUGGUUAUGAAUAAGGGUCUCUACAUUAUGAAA